AUCUUUCCUUUCCUCCCAACGCCGCUUCCUUGUCUCCCCUACACGCUCACCGACCGCGCGCAGCGCCUCGCGUCGCGUCGCCUCCUAUGCUCGCCGGCGUCGGCCGCCGCCGGCGAUGCCAACAACCAGCCCGCUGAAGCGCCCCUCCGCCGGCGGCCGCCUGCGCCGCCUCCUCGCCUCCCUCCGCCCGCCUGCCCGCGCGGGGCCGCUCCCCGUCCAGACAGGCUUCCCGACCUCCCUCGCCGACCUCGUCGUCAAGAACCAUGGCCGCCUCAAGAAACCCAGGAGGCGCCACCGCGCAGCCGGCGCCCCCGCGCCACCGGUGGUCGCCUCUGCGGAGCCGGCGCCCCAGCAAAGGCGGGAGCUCUCGGUGGCUCAGGCCGCGGCGGUGCCGGCUCCGGCACCGGCCCGCGGCAAAGGAGCGGGCUUUAGCAUCCGGCCGGAGCUCCUGGCGGCGGGCGGGGUCCUGGCGCUCGCGCUGCUGGUGAUCUGGAGCAAGCAGCUGGUGGCCGCGGCCACGCUCGCGUCGGUGGCGCUGUUCUGGAUCGAGUCUGUCAGGUCGCCCGCCUCCCGCCGUCGGCCGCGGCCGGAGACGAAUAAACGGGAGCCGGAUUCGCGCGGCGGCGGCCUCGUAUCGCCGAUUCGGGAGGCGGAGUCGCCGGCCGAGACGCCCAGGCCGAGCUGCGCCGCGUCCGACACGGGGAGCGAGGUCUCCUCCCUCUGGGCCGCCGACUCGACCGACCUCGCCGGCAACGAUUCGGAUUCCACCAGCCCAAACAAGAGGAAGGAAAAAAGGAGAUCGCUGCGGAAGCUGCUCGCCAAUAAGCUGCAGAACGGCAAGAGAUCCAAGGAGGGCAGCAAGGACUCCCGCCACGGCGGCGAGAGCGAGCAGCCGGGCGCCGGCGAGGUCAUCGCCCCCGAGCCCGCAGAAGCAGCUGCUGCCGCUGCCGAGGAGACGGCGCCACCGCGGGAAGCGGUCACCGACGAGGGGUGCCACCGUCGUCGAGGGCCCGCAUUGCCGUUGGCCGCGUUCGUGCCGGUCAUCCUCGCCGGGCUCGUGGCCGGGACGCUCCCCGCGGUGGCGCUCACCGUGCUCUGCGCCGUGUUCUUCACCUCAGUGGAGAGAGCCCCAGACGCCGCAGCUCAGGCAAGUGGCCAUGGGAGUGAUCCGAGGUAGCAGCAGCGUCCGGUCCGGAGCUCAGUCAGAUUCCCUCCCACAAAACCGAGGGAACUCCUUGCAGAUUUUUCAUUUUAGUUUGUUGCAUUGUUGGUUGUAAAUUAGCGCCACGAGAAGACACAAACAAGCAAGUGUACACAAUUUAUAUUCUUGGUUUCUUUUUGUCCGAACAUUUGUAAUUGCAUUCCUUCUUGAAUCCGAAUAAGAAGUGAAGUGAAAAGA